AUGUCUGGCCGAGAAUCACUCACACAAUCCGAAACCGCACGCCUGUCGACCUUCCUGUCCGAGUGUCUACUCGUCGGCACCCUCAAGGGAUUCUAUUACUUUGAAGUCUAUCUGCGCGGAAGAGAGGAGCUCCUCCUGCAUGUCUACAACGACAUCAAACCGCCCUCCAAUGGCCUCGGCAGCAACAUCCAACCCAGCUCUAUCUCCCUUGCAAAGUCAAGACCAACCAACAUCCUAUCCGCAAGAACAUUACGAUCACUAAAACUGAACACACCAAAGAAAACACCACCGCCAUUAAGCCCCGUUGACACGGAUCUGGAAAAGGAUGAAUCGCGCGCGACGUUUCUGAUCGCAGGAUACCCUAAAUACAAAUGCCCAUACGUCUGGCUUCGGUCAAAUCACAAGCGACUCAUUCAAAACAGCAACGACCAAAAGUUUGAAACCAACGACCCCCUCAAGCUGAGUACUAUCUCUUCAUGGCGUACCGAUGAUGUGCGCUUGUGGGAUAUUAUAGCGGAGAUCAUUACACUGACGCUGUCACCGUCGCCCGUCAACCCGUUCCGAAUCAACCUAAGCUACUAUGAGACGCUGCCCCUUGAAGAAUGCGUGAUCGCGACUGGAGCUAUGCUGGACUUUCUGCAGCGAGUCUACAUGAAAGAUACCCCUUAUACCGAAGCUGUCUACGCUGAUAUCAAGCACUUGCAAAAGCUGCACUUUGUAUUGUACGACGAACUGCAUUCGUUCUUGACGGAGCGCCAGUCAGUAGCAGCAGCCGCUGCUGCUGCAAAUGCUGCAAACGCGGGAGCAGCAGGUGCGGGUGGAAAUGGACACGUUUUAGUCGAAACUGCUAUGCACUAA